AUGUAUUUUUGCAAUGCUAGAACGAAAAAUCUGCCUGAUGAUUAUGCAGAAAGUAAUUUGCCGCUUUUUGUGUUCUUCUUCUUUCACCUUAAGGCUGAAUUCCAAGUUGACGACGUAAAACUGGACAUCCUGCAGUUUGCGGCGAGCUCAAAAUACGGCUUCCUGUACACCGCCUCCGACGUGGCCAGCCCCUCGGGUGUUCCCUGUGCCAGCAACAUGCUAGGGUCGCCUCCACAGCCCUCUAUUUCCUUUGACAACAGCGACAGCGGUGACAGCGCCAGUGACGCUUAUUUGCAUCUACGAAUGCCGCACGUUGAGAAGCCGGCUGACGCGAGCACGGCCACCCAUAUGAUUCACCUGGAUAUCUCGAUUCCCUCACCGCCAACUGUGGAUGGAAACCAGUUUCUCCUGUUGAUAUAUUCCAGCCUGCCUCGAACGGUUUAUACCUCUGCUGUGAGCGAGGCGUUGGACAUUCCACGCAAAGAGAUACCGCUGAUGAUUUUGGAACUACGUGCGGGCAGGCCAUGGCUGUGUGUUGUAAACGGCCCGAAAACUGUGAAUGCUACCACUGUUGGACUGCCGCUUCAACCUUUGGACCUAAACAUGCGCAGAGACAGACUACGAAACAUCCUCCUAGAAAUUCGGAUGAGUGCGAUUUAUGCGAUAAAUGGAUCUCUUGGCUUGUUAAUUACGACUAGACAAUUUACGAGGAAUUUGUCCUCCUCUGCUGGUAUCAGUGUUGUGUCUUUUGGCGAAAGCGAACCGUUCAGAGCUGUGCCCUCGGACUGGGUUGAGAAGGUGCUGAGGCGAGGUUCUACGGCCGAUGCCCAAGCUGUGCCGGGGACGGAGCGAUUUGUGUUUGGCAGGAACAUACUUUUGGGAGGCAGCAACUGGACAGCUGAGGACCGAAUAGGACGUUUACCACCGACAGUUUGGAGUGCGCUCGGCGCUCGACGUUCAUUUCGCGGCUGUAUUAACAGGUAA